UAUAGUAAUAUACUACACUAAUUUAAAAUAAAACGUAUUACAUAUAUAGUGAGUAUAUUGAUAAAAGUAUUAUCGUGUAUAAAAAAAAGGAUUUUAAAUAUAGAUCUAAUAUUAACAAUGUUUUAUAUAUCAUUUUUCCCGCAUGAAUUUAAUUUUUAAUUCGAUGACUAAUAUCUUAAUUUAUUAUUUUAUAGUAUAAGAAUAAUUAAGUUUAUAUAGUUUUCUAUCUUCAUCACCGUUUAUUUUUAUUACCGGUAUGUCUCUUUAUUAUGCCUUUAAUCGAUAUAUCGAUCUGAUCGAUUAAAACGAUUUUCGAGUUUUUAGCCGGAUCGCCACGCGCGCAUGUGAACAGUCGACGUAUCAUCUGCGUCCUGUCAAAUUAAAGUAGGAAGAAUAAGGAGUUGUUACUUUGCAAUGCAAAGUGUAUUUUACGUUAUUAAAACAUGGGUUUUUUGGAGGAUACUUUUGUGAUCCUUGUUACACAGGUAAUAUUUUUCUUGGGAGGAUGGAUAUUUUUUGUAAAAAAAUUAUUUCGUGACUAUGAAGUACAUCACAGAUUAGUGCAGUUGAUUUUUUCUAUAACAUUUUCGUUGUCGUGUACUAUGUUUGAACUCAUUAUUUUUGAAAUAAUUCGGGUUCUUGAUUCAAGUUCUAGAUAUUUUCAUUGGAACGUUGGACUAUAUAUGCUUUUAUUUAUGGUAAUAGUUCUUAUACCAUUUUACAUAGCAUAUUUUAUUAUCAGUAACAUUAGAUUUGUAAGACUGAAUUGGAUAAGGCCACUUACAAUCAUAGUAUAUCUUUUUUACCUCUACUUAUUUUGGAAAAUUGGUGAUCCUUUUCCAAUAUUGAGUCCAAAGAAAGGAUUGUUAUCAAUAGAGCAAGGUGUAAGUCGGAUAGGUGUUAUAGGAGUUACUGUUAUGGCACUUUUAUCAGGUUUUGGUGCUGUAAAUUACCCAUAUUCUUCUAUGGCCUAUUUUAUGCGGCCUGUAUCUUAUGCUGAUGUACAAGCCAUAGAAAAACGAUUGUUACAAACAAUGGAUAUGAUUAUAGUUAAGAAAAAAAGGAUAGCACUUGCUAAAAAGGGUGAAAUGAUUGGACAAAGCGAAGUUCGUUCACGUCUUUGGGGAAUGUUAGGUCCAUUGGGUGGUACAAAAGGAAAUCAAGAAACUAUAAAACAAUUACAAAUAGAAGUUAUAGCUUUAGAAGAAUUAUCUAGACAAUUAUUUCUAGAAGCACAUGAUAUUCAAAACGCUAGAGAACGUUUAGAAUGGGCAGCAACAUGGCAAGGAAAAUAUUUUAAUUUUCUUGGCUAUUUUUUUUCAUUAUAUUGCAUUUGGAAAAUAUUAAUAUCCACGAUUAACAUAGUCUUUGAUCGCGUUGGUAAAAAAGAUCCUGUUACUAGAGGAAUUGAAAUUGCUGUUCAUUGGAUGGGUUUUGACAUAGAUGUUACAUUUUGGUCACAACAUAUAUCGUUCUAUUUAGUUGGAUGUAUCGUUUUGACUUCUAUUCGUGGAUUGUUGUUGACUCUUACAAAGUUCUUUUAUGCUAUAUCAAGCAGCAAAUCCUCAAAUAUUAUUGUACUUAUACUUGCACAAAUAAUGGGAAUGUAUUUUGUAUCCUCUGUAUUACUUAUGCGCAUGAAUAUGCCUGCUGAAUACAGAAUAAUUAUAACACAAGUUUUGGGUGAACUUCAGUUUAAUUUCUAUCACAGAUGGUUUGAUGUAAUCUUUUUGGUAUCUGCAUUAUCAUCUAUAGUGUUUUUGUAUCUGGCUCAUAAACAAGCACCGACGGAACGAACAUGACUAAAUAAAUGACUUUUGUGAACUAAA